AGCUAAUAAAAGCUUGUCGUUUGCCUCCCGUCUCCAAGAGUUAUUGAUGGUGCAUCAAUUUUAUUAGCUGCAAUUUUAAAACAUGGACAGCAUUUUACGACCAGGAAAAUUGGACAUUGAUCCUCAAGCUCCUGGAGCAGCUAUUGCCUUUGAACUCUGGCUUGCAUGUUUCCAAUCGUACCUGGAAGAGAUUCACGUGACUGAGCCUGCUAUCAUGCACAAAGUUCUCUCCAGGGUCAGUCCGCGGGUAUACUCCCUAAUCAGGGACCUGCCGACCUACCAAGGGGCACUGGACGCCCUCAAACGACAGUACCUGCGGCCGGUGAACACCGUCUACACAAGACAUCACUUAGCGACAUGGCGGCAGUGGGCUGGAGAGUCGAGCGCUGAGUUUGUCCGGGCCCUACAGACACUUGUGCGGGCCUGCAACUGCAGGGGACUGACGGCGGAACGGCAUGCGGAGCUGCUAGUAAGAGAUGCCCUCAUUACGGAGAUCAGGAAAUCUGCCACUGGGACCACCCUACCGGCUUGGCUGACGUCCCCAGGGCCAGUGCUGCUUCGGAAACAUGCGCAGAGCAAUAAAUACUCCCCGCUGGUUGAGCUGGUUCACCUUCUACAUGCGAACCCCCAGUAUGCCUAUGUGGUCUUACCUGAUGGGCGGGAGGACACGGUCUCCGUCCGUGACCUGGCGCCUGCAAGAGAACCAGACCCCUACCCCGAACACUCCACGGUGACUAUGAACCCCGUACUCACCGAUGAGUAUAUACCCAUGAGACCCCACGCACACUCCCCUCUCAGCCGAGGCCCGCGCGCACACCAAGCCCUACCCAAACUCCUCAUGACACACCCAUACCGGGUGCCAGGCAAACGCAUGAGGGAUUACUGAUGCCUAACGGGCUGGCACCUCAAGUCAGGCCGGAGCCAGCACAACCACCGUCACCGGUGCAAUCACCACCGGUGCUACAUAGAUCGCAGUGGCAGACCCGUCCACCUGAAAGACUUAACCUGUAAAUAUACUUGUGAGAAACUUCACCCCAUGGGGACUCUCUUUAAAAACAAAGAGGGGGUGAAUGUGGUAAACUAUGUGUAUACCUGUCUGGACACGCCCCUCUGCUGACUGAACCUGUGGCUCCUUCCACAGACCCCUGUAUAAAGGCGAUUGGAGGCACUGCUCCUCCCUCAGUCUCCAAGAUGUUGUGGUCACUUUUGCGGCUAAUAAAAGCCUGUUGUUUGCCUCCCAUCUCCGAGAGUUAUUGAUGGUGCAUCAAAGAACCAAUAUCCUUUCAGGCAGUUUUGCUAGAGCUGUUGGGGAGGGUUUAAAUAAGUUGGCAGGGGGAUGGGAACUGGAGACUUGGGGCUGAGGUUGGGGUGAGUUGGUAUACAAGUUGAUGCAGUAUGUAUUGAACUGAGAGGAUGGACAGGCAAAAUUGCAGUCAGUGUAACAUGGGGGCAAAAUUGAAAAGGAUGACAAAUACGGGACUGAAGAUGUGAUAUUUGAAUGCACACAGUAUACUGAAUAAGGUAAAUGAUCUUGUAGCGAGAUUACGGAUUGGCAGGUACGAUGUUGUGGGCACCACAGAGUCAUGGCUGAAGCAAGUCCAUAGUUGGGAGCAACAUCCAAGGGUACAUCUUAUAUCGAAAGGACAGGCAGGUAGGCAGAGGGGUGCGGUGGCUCUAGUAGUAAAAAUUGAAAUCAAAACCUAAAAAAAGGUGACAUAGAAUUGACAGACAUAGAAUCCUUGUGGGUAGAGUUAAAAAACUUCAAAGGUACAAAGAUCUUGAUGGGAGUUAAAUACAGGCCCCCAAACAGUAGCCAGGAUGUGGGCAACAAAUUACAACAGGAGAUAGAAGAGUCAUGUCUAAAGGGGAAUGUUGCAAUAGUCAUGGGGAAUUUCUUUUUUUUUUCGUAAUUUAAUUUUUAUUGAAGUUCAUCAUCAAACAAACAUUUCCAUAAGAUGUAUUUCAGAUAUUGUACGUAUAUCAUAUAAUCAUAUAUGCCACAAAUCUCCACAUAAUAUUUAUCUGAGGUAUACACUUAUAGAAAAGAAAGAACAAGCAAAAGGCGAAAACUAUGUACAGGUAGGGAGUGAUCUUUUUUUUACAACAUAUUCAUUGAUUUGUGAGAAUAAUAUCAGGCCUAUAAAGUGCUGUGUAGUUAAACCAUUUUUCCCAGUAUUUGUUCCAACUUAUGAUUAAUAGAUGCUGUUAUCUUCUCCAUUUUGUAAAUAUCCAUUGU